AUGGGACAUGUAUUUGAUCCUGACCAAGAGGGCUGCAGCUCAUCCCAAACUGUGGUGCUUCAGGGAUGUGCUGGGAUUGGGAAAAGAGCUGUGGUGCACAAGUUCAUGUUUGACUGGGCAGCAGGAAUGGUUACUCCAGGAAGGUUUGACUAUCUCAUCUAUGUAAACUGCAGAGAAAUAAGCCAUAUUGCUAACCUUAGUGCUGCUGACCUAAUCACUAACACUUGUCAAGAUAUAGAUGGACCAAUCCUGGACGUUAUUCUUGUGUAUCCAGAGAAGCUUCUUUUCAUACUUGAUGGAUUUCCUGAGCUCCAGCAUCCUGUAGGUAACCUGGAAGAGGAUCUUAGUGCUAAACCCCAGGAGCAGAAACCAGUAGAGACCCUCUUACGUAGUUUUGUGAGGAAAAAACUGUUCCCUGAAUCCUCCCUGCUGAUAACUGCCCGGCCUGCAACCAUGAAGAAGCUCCACUCUCUGUUAAAACAAUCUAUCCAGGCCGAGAUCAUUUGGUUUACAAAUGCUGAAAAGAGAGCAUAUUUCUUGAGUCAGUUUUCAGGUGAUAAUGCUGCAAUGAGAGUCUUUUAUGAGCUGCAACAAAAUCAAAGCCUUGACAUUAUGUCCUCUCUUCCCAUCAUCUCCUGGAUGAUCUGUAGUGUCCUGCAGUCACAGGAAGAUGGUGACAGGAGUCUUAUGAGGUCACUUCAGACCAUGACUGAUGUGUAUCUGUUUUACUUUUCCAAGUGCCUCAAAACCCUUACAGGUAUCUCAGUGUGGAAGGGACAAAGUUGUCUGUGGGGCCUUUGCUCUUUGGCUGCAGAGGGACUACAGAACCAACAGGUCCUAUUUGAAGUCUGUGACCUCAGGAGACAUGGGAUAGGGGUAUAUGAUAUCAAUUGCACUUUUCUAAAUCACUUUUUGAAAAAAUCUGAAGGAAGUGUCAAUGUCUACACUUUCCUUCACUUCAGUUUCCAAGAGUUCUUGACUGCUGUGUUCUAUGCCCUAAAGAAUGACGGCAACUGGAUGUUUUUUGAUCAAGUGGGGAAAACGUGGCAAGAAAUAUUCCAACAAUAUGGGAAAGGGUUUUCAUCAUUAACGAUACAGUUCUUGUUUGGCCUCUUAUGUAAAGGAAAGGGAAAAGCUGUGGAAACUACUUUUGGAAGAAAAGUCUCCCCAGGACUUCGAGAGGAAUUAUUGAAAUGGACUGAGAAAGAAAUAAAGGAUAAAUAUUCUAUGUUACAGAUUGAGCCAAUGGACUUAUUUCAUUGUUUGUAUGAGAUUCAGGAAGAAGAAUAUGCAGAAAAGAUAAUUGUGCCAGUAGAAGCAGUAGAAGUGGCAGCAACUCCCGCCUCCUCUACCUCACCUGCUCCUUCUGUCCUUGUGGCCAGGCCUGGCUCCUCUGAGACCUGGACCUGCUUCUGCAGAGACUGCAGCUGUGGGAGAAAAGCAAAGCGCACACCUAGGGCCAGGCUGCUCCAGGCACAGGCCUCUUUGGCCUCACUGGACACUGUGCUGUCUUCCAGGAUGGCCCUGAGUUUGUCCUCCACCUCCUCCCAGGGCAAGGAUGUAUCCUCCAGGUUGUACCGAUGCCUUAUAUCUCCUGCUUCUUGUGGGGCACUAGCAGCUGUUCUCAGCCCCAGUCAGUGGCUCACUGAUCUGGAAUUUAGGGAAACAAAAUUGGAAGCUUCAGCUCUGAAAUUGCUCUGUGAAGCCUUAAAAGAUCCAAAUUGCAAAUUACAGAAGCUCAAGUUGUGUGCUAGCUUUCUCCCUGAAAGCUCAGAGGUUGUUUGCAACUAUCUUGCCUCUGUUCUCAUUUGCAAUCCAAACCUCACUGAGCUUGACCUGAGUGAAAAUCCCCUGGGGGAUACAGGGGUGAAGUAUCUUUGUGAAAGUCUCAGACAUUCCAACUGUAAAGUGGAGAAACUAGACUUGAGCACAUGUUACCUAACAGAUGCUAGCUGUAUGGAGCUCUCUUCUUUCUUGCAAGUGAGUCAGACUCUAAAAGAGUUGUUUGUGUUCGCCAAUACCCUAGGAGACAUAGGAGUACAGCAUCUCUGUGAAGGUCUGCAGCAUGCACAGGGUAUAAUCGAGAGUCUUGUUCCUGAGCUCCACCCGGAGCCUGACAAGGCUGCUUCUAAUAACAAAAUUGAAGAUUUGGGACUGAAAUGGCUGUGCGAAGGAUUAAAACAGCCUGACUGUCAGUUAAAGGAUCUGGCACUGUGGACCUGCCACCUGACUGGAGAGUGUUGUCAGGAUUUGUGCAAUGCACUCUACACCAAUGAGUACCUGAGAGACCUUGACCUCAGUGAUAAUGCCUUAGGGGAUGAGGAUAUGCAGGUGCUGUGCGAAGGGCUGAAACACCCCUCCUGUAAACUACAGACCUUGUGGUUAGCAGAAUGUCAUCUCACAGAUGCGUGCUGUGGAGCCCUUGCCUCUGUCCUCAACAGAAAUGAGAACCUGACACUGCUAGACCUAAGUGGAAAUGACCUCAAGGAUUUUGGAGUGCAAAUGCUGUGUGAUGCACUGAUUCAGCCAAUAUGUAAACUACAGACAUUCUAG